AUGGAGGAAAUUUUUAAUUAUUGGCAUGAAAAGUCCUGCCAAAAUCAAUAUUUAGACCAUGAAGCAAACGAGCAAGGAAUUUUAGCAAAAAGUCGUGCUUCUGAAAUCAAAAAUGAGUUAAGCAAAAAUCAGAAUAUUAAAACUUGUUGCGAUAAAGACUGUCCGCAUUAUUUAUCAAUAAAAGAUUAUCCGGCUCCAACUUCGCCAAAAACCGGUGGAGGAGGAAAACCAGCAAGCAACAAAACUAAUCAAAUUAGUCCAACCGAUAAAAACCAAUUACUUCAAUAUUUCCUAACUUACCACAUUACCAAAAUUACUUUGGAUAAUGGUAAACUGGUAGUUGAAUAUGAUAAUUCACAAAAAGGACAAAAGGUUAAUAACUCUGAACUAGAAAAGUAUAAAAAAUUAAUUCAAAAUCAACCCAAUCAUUCACUUUCUUUAAGUGAUUUACAAAAUAAUUCUGACUCCAACUCCACUAAAAAUCCAGACCACAAAUUAGCAAUUGGUUUAGCUCUCGGAGCCGGAGCAGUUAUUUUAGGAGGAAUAAUUGAAGCCACUGCUCGGGUUUAUCUAAAAGAAGGUAAAGGACAAGCCCAAGUCAGAACCAAAAAUGGAAAAGAAAAAGACUUAAAAGGAUACUUUUAUAUGGAACCUUCGCUUUAUGAAGAUAUUUUUAAACCUCUCAAAUUAUUCAGCAAAGAAAAUGAAUAUGAUUUGUUAGUGCGAGUAAAAGGAAGUGGAUUUCAUGCCCAAGCUGAAGCCAUUAGGUUAGGAGUAGCACAAGCCAUGUUAAAAAUUUCACCGGAAUACAAAACCACUUUGAAAAGUUUUUCGCUCCUUACUCGGGAUGCUCGUCGUGUCGAACCUAAAAAAAUUGGGCAGAGUGGUAAAAGCGAUGACAUGGAAAGAAAUAUAACGUAUAAUUUUGAUUUAGAAACUCCUCUGCUUUUUCUUUCUGCAUUUCUUGACAAAAAGGUCGAAUAUAAGUAUUUAAAAAUUAAAACCAGUAAAAAUGAGAAUGACUUUUUUCUCAAUACCAACAAUGAAGGAGGAAUAGGCAAGGGUGCAGAAAAUUUUCGAGUUAAAAUUGAAAACCAUUUUAUUCAAGACGAGACCCAGAACUUUGAUAUAGAUUUUAACGAAAUAGAACUAGAAAGCGAAAAGUGUGACAAACUUCAUUCUGCAAUCGAAAAUUGUAUAGAAAAAGGUCAGAGUUUAGUUCUUAAAUUAAACUUUCCCAAAAAAACUUAUUUUCGGAAAGGAUACUUCAAUAAUCAAGUAAUUAACACCUUAGUUAUUCCCGAAAGCAGUUUACAAGAGAACUCAAAUGGUUCA